AUGAUGCAGGGACUUUCUAGGAAUAUUUCUGAAAAAAUUUCGCAUGAGGCUAAAAAUGAAACAAGCAGUUUUGAUCAGAUUUGGAAUUCUGCGUCCAAAGGCGAGCCAGUUCCUGAGAAGAAGACUGAAGAAAUUCUAGCUCCUUCUACCGAUGUUCUGAAGGAUUCUUUGAGGGAAAUUUCUCCGUCUUCUAACAUCGGGAAUGCCAGUGAUAUCUAUGAUCUACCUAUUGAGCUUCAUACGAUGGAUGGUCACAAUCGUGUUGUUAGCCAAAGCUCUAGUGUCUUCGAGACACUGUUUGAAGAAGACCGUGAAGGUCAAGUGGAGUUUCCGAUAGGGGCAGCUUGUCCAUAUAUGGGUAUUAGAAAAUUCAAAAACAAGAGACAGCAGAUGAAACAGAAAGAGAAUGUAUCAUGUGUUGCUCACGUAUCGACGGAAGAAGACUGUCAAAAGGCGAAUAAAGAAUACAACAUUCACCAAGCAAUUCCACAUUGCAAUGAAGGGCCAGGGCAGGAUAUUUGCUCAAUUGAAGAAACAUGGCGAACGAGUCCCGAAAGUAAGCUAACAAUUCACUGUGAUCUAUCAAUCUGCAAGAGACAUCCCGUGAGCGUCACGGGAAUCCACCCAUUAGAGGGCGUAGUGGACAAGGAGAAGGAGGGAUAUAAGUUCAACAACUCCACUGCUCUGGAGAGAUUUCUGGGACAUUUUAUAAUCGUGAACACACUACGCAAGUUCAGCUUUUGCUUUCUUCGGUGCAAAACGGGACGUAAGAAAUACGCCCAGCAAAUCCUGAUGUUUCCUCCGUUGUUAGAUAUAGAGGACUCAGAAUUUCUACCAAAAAAGAAAGACCCAAGUCUAAUAAACAUCAACAUUUUAAUGCUAGACUCGGUAUCGCGCGCACAUUUUUACCGUUCUCUGCCUAAAACAGUCAGCACGCUAAGAAACAUUGUUUACAAUGAGUCAAUAAACGCAACAGUAUUAGACUUCGAGUUAUUGCAAAGUUCAGCACCGUUCACCUUUCACAAUGUCAGAGCCUUCAUGUCUGGAAAAAGCGACUUUAACUACAUUGAGCAUUCAAAUGGCACAUACCAAAUAGAGUUGCUGUAUAAGAAGUUGAAGAAUCAAGGUUAUUACACGCUCUUGCAAGAAGAUAGCUGCUGGUUUGACGAAUGGGGAUCCUUAUUCACCAACAACAUAUUUCAAAACAAGACGCCUCACAGUCGAGAGGAAUUCCAAAAUCGCUGGAGUGGAUUUCAGGAUGUGGUAAAUGGUUAUUCUGUGGAUGACUAUGGCCUGUCUUAUUCUUCUUGUGAUGUUUUCAAACAGUACAAUGUUACUAACCAAUUUAAUCGGCCCCUCAAGAUUUGCUUCGGGGGUAAAGUGUAUUCUGAGCUUUUCUUAGAUUACUCCUUGAGCGUUUUUCAAGGAUAUAUUGAUUCUGGUAAAAGACAGCCAAUCUUUGCUUAUACGCACCUAAAUGCUGGACAUGAAGUGACAGGAACCCGCAUACGACAAAUUGACUACGUUCUAUCAGGUUAUUUACACGCCAUUGCUCAUGAAGAAGACACUCUGACACUUGUUUUCUCUGAUCACGGGCCAAAAACAACGAAGUUUUCGUUCCAGACAAUGGAGGGGCGGGGAGAGAUCUAUGAUUCGUUGUUAUUUGCCAUAGUUCCAGAAAACGUUGCUAAUAUUCUAGGAUUACGACGAAUGCGCGCGAUGGUCACAAACCAGAAACGUCUUCUCACAACUCUGGAUCUUCACAACACAGUGAUGUCGAUUGGAGAUUCUGAAAGGUCGACAUCCAAUUCAUACUUAAAGGAAGGUCUCUUCUCAGAAAUACCAGCCAACCGUACAUGCGCAGAUCUAUCGAUCAAACCCUCAGCUGUUUGCAAGUGUGAGGGAUGGGACCAAAAGUUUCCUGAUAAUGACUCUCAAUUCACAUUCCUUGCCGAAUUUGGUUUGGGAAUGCUUAAUAACAAAAUCCAGGAGAAAUAUCUUACAACUCCCAAUGCUGCUGGGGGGUUUGGAAAAUGUCAACGUUUGGUUGGACAUCGAUUUGAAAAAAUACGCAGAAGGAAGGUUGGUGAAGAGUAUUUUCUGACAAUGGAUCUAAUUGUCCUACCAGGGAGAGAGAUAUUUGAAAUUCAAUUGAGAUACCCUCUAGGAAUCUUAGCAGAAAGGCGAAAGGGUUUCCCUGCUGUUAUGGGGACGCGAAGAGUGAGCAUAUAUCGUAAGUACGAGAAAUGUGUCGAUGAACAUGUCAAAGUGCAACUAUGUGUUUGCGAUUCGCACCACUAUGGAAGAAACAUAAGCGAGAAAAAUGCGUGGAAAUGGUUCGAAGUUAGUACUGGAUCGGAUGUACUGGAAACCGUAUUCAGAGCAAACAGUUUUGGCACAAAUUCUGAAGUCAAAGACUUAAGCGAUUCGUGCUUAUUAUUAGUAACGCGGAAACGUGAAAACCUCAGCGUAGCCUUCGAAGUAGCGAACGCUUGCAAGAAGCGAAGGUACAAAGUCAGAAUUACAGGGAAAGGCAAAGGAAAAACCUUAUUAACAAGAAAACUGCCCUUUUCUAUCAUUCUAGAACCAAACACAGUGCACUUUGCUCUGAGCGUUCAUUACUUAGAAAAACCUUAUGGUUUUUAUAUGAAGACAUCAUUUGUGGGUUAUAAUGUUUGACAUUAGUCUGCCAAUUAUUUACCAGAAUCGUCAAUUUAAACAAUAUAAAAACAGUUCUUUGAUAAAUCAGCAAAGUGAAACUUUUUAUAUGGUAUAACCUUAUUUUAAUGUUCAAAGUACACGUACAUUGUAAAUAGAGCCAAAGCAAAUUGUAAAUAUAUUUUACAUGUGGGAUUCAAAGAGAUUGCCUUACCCUUUACCAUUAAUCACUUGUGUUUGUUAUUUUUAAACUGUGUUGCUUAAUUUCCUUUUUUAUUUUCGAUCUAUUCCUCCCAACACCCAAACGAUUAUCGGAAAAUAAUGGUUAAAGAAUUCGAGAGUGGUCGCUGAGAUUUGAUAGAUGAGAGGACCAAAA